AUGUCCGCUCCCAAAACCGACCUUCCCCCUCUCACCACCGGCGACACCAUGCACGAAGUCGAACCCGGCCCCGUCGAUGAGAACGACAACAUGGACUUCGAUCCGGAAAAACCAAGAGGCCCAUCGUCUUCCUCGACCAAUUUCCUCGGCCUCACGCCCUCGACGACCCAAUACAUUCUAUCCUCCCUGCAAAGGUACUCCACGCUCCCGCCUACACUGUACUUCGCCAUGCACUACACGAACACCGCCCUCAUCCCGCUCGCAACCCGCAACGUCGCCGAAGCCGACAAAUACCUCCUCCUCACCCGACCAUACUAUCAGACCUUCCCACUCGAGGGGCUCGUGAUCUUUGCACCGAUUCUCACGCACGUCGUUAGCGGCAUCGCUCUCCGCAUAUACAGGCGACGGCUAGCCGCGCGGCGUCACGGUGCCGAAACGCACGCGCAGCGGAAGGAGAUGCCCUGGCCGAAAGUCUCGGCGAUCUCUGCACUGGGCUUCGCCCUGUAUCCGAUGUUCGUGGCGCAUGUGCUGACGAUGCGAAUCAUUCCGAAAAAGGUCGAGGGGAACUCUGCGGGCGUGGGACUGCGUUAUUUUGCGCACGGCAUCGCGCAUACUCCCGUCAUCGCGAAUGCCGGUUAUGCGGUAUUCGUGUCGAUCGCGAGCUGGCAUUUCGUGACGGGCGCGGCCAAGUUUCUGAGGGUCUCGCGCGAGUAUAUUACGGAGCCAGGACAGACGGGGGCCGUGAAGAGGAAAUGGAGAGCCAGAAUGAUCAAUGCGUUGGCUGCGACGGUGGCUGCUGUGUGGGUUGCGGGGGGAUUGGGUGUUGUGGGCCGCGCUGGUAAGGGCGUCGGUUGGGAGGCUAGUAGUUGGGACAAGAUCUAUAAAACUGUGCCUCUGCUCGGCAAAAUGUUCUGA